AUGAAUUCUAUACGUUUACAAAAACACGCAAGUUUUAUAUUUGCCAUUUUUUAUUUUUUUAAAAUCAGCGAUGGGGAAGUAAAAUGCUCAUGUCACCAAGAUGUAAAUAAAGAUGGCUAUCCAUUACCUAUGUAUUUUAAUUAUAACAUGAAUAUUAAAUUCUUAUUUGAUUAUUUUAAAGCAGAAAAUAUGAAUGAAUUUAUAUUUUAUAACAUAUUAUGUAUAUUAUUAGGAUUUUUAUCAAUAUAUAUUAAAAUAAUUAAAAAAGGAGUAACUAAAAUGGAAAAAAAAAACGAAUUAAAAGAAAACCUUCUUAAUCUUAAUAAAAUGUGUGCAUAUUGGAGAUUUAAUUAUACAAUUUUGACAUUUCUUAAUUAUGCAAUCGAUUAUUUAUUAAUGUUAAUUGUGAUGACAUUUAAUGUUUAUAUAUUUUUAAGUACCAUGUUUGGAAUAUCAAUAGCUUAUUUAUUUUUAGGGCAUCAAAUUAUGAAAUACUGA